AUGGGGAACGCGGUCUACGGCGACAAGCUGACCUGCUACGAGACUCUCGAGACAUGUAAGCCUGCUUUCGUUACCUUAUGACCUAAUUAUAAGCCUAAUUUGUUGGUUUUGCUAUCUAAUUAUGUAUAAUAUUAGGUUUUGCUUUCAAAAUAUGGGUUAAUAUAAGAAUUAUUUGAGUUUUUGAAAGUUUUCUUGAAAUUUGAACGGUUACACCAACGUUCUUAGGCUUUAAAUCCACGUUUUUUAAUGGCGUCAUGGUUAAUAUGUAAAACGUUACAACUGAAAAAGAGUGUUUAACAAAAAUAUUUAUAUUCUAACAAACUUUGUUAUCUUUUACUUUUAUUUAAAACGUUGUUAACCAUACUCGUUUGAAAAGGCAUUGAAGUGAAUGUCAAAUAUACAGAAAAACUUCAAAUUUGGGCUUUGAAAUUUGGUUUUUUUUGUUUUAACUGUUAUUCUACCUUUAUAUUUUACUUAAAAUUGACCGGAAAUCUAACUGUCAGGUGUCCAAGGAUGUGGGAAGUACGACUGUGUAUACGUGGACAAAUGUAAUGGCAGCCCCGACCUCACCUAUGUCUGUUUACCGUUUGAUAUGCGGUUUUUCAUGUAAGAUAUUCAUUAAAACUUUGAUUUUAGGAUUAGUAAUGUUUUCAAUCAUAAAAGGGAUAUUAUGGUAUUCAAACAGUUAUAAUAUAAAUUAUGUUAACUAUAGUAUCUAAGAAGUAUCAACGAACUAAAACGUUUAUAAACAGAAGUCAGACAUAUAUUCUCAUAGACGCUUUCAGGUGGAUAAUGGUGGGAGUGUUCCUGGUUACCGUACUAAUAUGUUCGGGUAUAGUAGCGUGCUAUGCUUUACGUGCAAUACGAGCAUCAUUCCGUAAUUCGCUUCGUACUGACGGUGACAUCGUAUUCUACAACGCCAGAAAUGUACAUACAUUCCCUCACCCGGCCAACGGUAAAUGGAGAGACGACCAAGACUCUCGAUCACGACCUCACUACUGA